CUACAGCACCUUAGGCCUUUAUCCAGAAGGGGCAGUGGCCUUGCAUCACAUUUUCAUUUUCCCUCCGGUUGCCCGGGAAAGGUUUAGAAAGGGUUUUUGUUUAUACAAGGGGAUCAUUCAAGAGACUGGUGCGAGCCUGCUGAAGACGACGACAAACUAAAAAGAAUCUACAACUGCCACAACAAUGGCGUCUUCGUCAUCGUCCGGCAGCAGCUACGACAUGCCGUGGGUGGAGAAGUACAGGCCCAGCAAAGUCGCCGAUAUCGUCGGCAAUGAGGACGCCGUCUCCAGACUUCAGGUCAUUGCGCGUGACGGCAACAUGCCCAACCUCAUUUUAACUGGCCCACCUGGAACUGGUAAAACUACAAGUAUAUUGGCACUAGCACAUGAACUACUAGGACCAAAUUUUAGGGAGGCAGUGUUGGAAUUAAAUGCAUCAGAUGAAAGGGGAAUUGAUGUUGUGAGGAACAAAGUCAAGAUGUUUGCCCAAAAGAAAGUAACAUUGCCCCCUGGACGGCACAAAAUAAUAAUCCUGGAUGAAGCUGACAGCAUGACAUCUGGUGCACAACAGGCAUUGAGGCGCACAAUGGAAAUAUAUUCUAACUCCACUCGUUUUGGUCUUGCAUGCAACACAUCUUCUAAGAUUAUCGAACCUAUUCAGAGCAGAUGUGCCCUUGUUCGGUUUUCAAGAUUAUCUGAACAAGAGAUCCUUGGCCGUCUCAUGGUGGUGGUUGAAGCAGAAAAGGUCCCGUAUGUCCCAGAAGGUCUUGAAGCCAUCAUUUUCACAGCAGAUGGUGAUAUGAGGCAGGCAUUAAAUAACUUGCAAGCGACGUACAGUGGAUUCCGAUUUGUCAACCAAGAAAAUGUUUUUAAGGUCUGUGACCAGCCUCAUCCAUUGCACGUGAAGAAUAUGGUGCGGAAUGUGCUUGAGGGGAAAUUUGAUGAUGCUUGUUCUGGUUUGAAGCAGCUCUAUGAUUUGGGAUAUUCCCCUACUGACAUAAUCACGACCCUUUUCCGAAUUAUCAAGAACUAUGAUAUGGCUGAGUAUCUGAAAUUGGAAUUCAUGAAGGAGACUGGAUUUGCCCAUAUGAGAAUCUGCGAUGGAGUUGGGUCAUUCCUUCAGCUAUCUGGUCUCUUGGCUAAGCUUUCUGUAGUUCGAGAAACAGCCAAACCAGUGUAAAUAAUUUGGUAGUGCCUAAAAUUACAAACCUCCCCCCUCCCCUAGAGACAUGGUCACCUUAAUUGUGAACAUGAGAACUAUUUCACCUUAGUUAAUGUUAUGUGAAGGAAUCACAUCACAAAAAUUAAUGUCAUGCUUGGUUUGUGGGAUGAAAUGGGAUAGGAAUGGAAUGAAAAUUUGAAUGAUGAAGGUGGCAAAA